AUGCCACACAUGAACAAUAGCGAGUUUAAGAAACGACGACGGCGAUGCUGUGGACAACGUCGGUUAAAAAGUGAACCUUUAUUUUACUUACGAAUCUCGCGUUACUCUAAAGCCGUUUAGUUUGUUUUUCACUGUGAAAUCUAUCUGAAACUAAAUAAGGAACAAGGCGUUAAAUUAGAAAUAGAAAAUUAAAAAAUUAGCCGUCGUCGGUCACGUUCUCCAAAAAACGCAGAGUUUGGUGAUUUCACGUUGUAGUUUUGCAGAGAACGCAGAGAAAUUUAGAAAAAUUUAUAACGCACCCACAAAGCCAUUGUUCUAUUCAUUAAACCUUAUGUUUAGUAAUGUUCCCGUUGCCGUUGCAGUUGUGGUUUUUGCAGGCCCA